AUGAGCCGGUCCUCGCUCAGAGAUGCUGCUGCGAUAGCAUCCACCCUCUGCCAAAUAGCCAAGGGCGUGGUGGUCUCGCCCAACGGUGCGAGCAAGGCGGCUUCUCGAGGUCCUGCAAGACCAUGGCCCACUCAAACGGCGCUCAAGGCGACAAUCGACGACGCGCAGGAUGUCGGAAGCAAGACCGAAGCGCAUGCCUUCACAACGUCAGAUCUGGGUCUCGGCGCAGCAUCGACACAGAAUGCCGUAGCUUCCUCAAGCAGGCCAUGGCCUAGCCAGACCAUCAAGGCCGCAACGACAUCGUCGGCACCAGCGAAGCAUGUGGCAGACAAGGUAGCUCCAGUCUAUGUAGCUGCUGAUGCGACACCGUCAGCGCCGUCAACUACGGUACCAUUCGAACCGCCUCCGCCGAUAUCAAAAGCAUCCGUGGCCCCCGCUCCCGAGACGAGCAAAGUCGACACCGCUCCUCAGCCGCCAAUACAGCCUAUCUCGCCAGCUCAACCCAUAUCAUAUACACCUAUAGUAGAGGAAGUCGAGACAGCUGUCAUUGCACCCGUCGAAGAAGCACCCUCAGCGACCACCUCUCCACCUCUUCCUCGGCAUGACCCAGCCAGCUCAACAGCACCGGCACAGACUCCCGGCAGCAUCGAUCUGCUACCAAUAGCAGACGAUCCCUUACCCACAGCAGACACUCCAUCGCCCCUUCCCGACAUCGAAGAGUACGACGCAGUGGCCGAAUCAAAGCAUGUCCCGCUCCGAGCAGCAAAGGUUCCCUCUUCUCGCCUGGGCCGCUUCUUCCACUACGGCGGUCUGGGUGCCGGCCUGGCCUUUGGUGCAGCAGGCUCCUUUCUCCGCGGCUCCUCCUCUUCCUCUGAACAAUCACUCUUCAUGUCGGAACAAAACGUCGCUCGGCUCGUAGACAAGCUCUCCACCAUGCGAGGAGCCGCCCUCAAACUCGGCCAAUUCCUCUCGAUCCAAGAGACCAAGCUGCUACCACCGCAGAUCGAGCAGGUGCUGCUUCGCGUGCAGAACUCCGCGAAUUACAUGCCUGUUUGGCAGAUGAACCAGGUGAUGUCCGCCGAGCUGGGGGCCAACUGGCGGGAGCAGUUUUCGCAGUUCGAAGACGUUCCCUUUGCAAGUGCCUCGAUUGGGCAGGUGCAUUCUGCCGUAUUGCGGGACGACUUCCCGGAUGCGACGAUGGCAGGUCAGAGAGUGGCGGUGAAGGUGCAAUUCCCAGGAGUGUUGGAGUCGAUCGAUUCGGAUCUAUCCUACCUGCGUUGGCUGGUCUCUGCCUCCGCGUUGCUACCGAAGGGCCUGUUUCUGGAAAACACCCUCCGCGUGCUAGGGCGGGAGCUCAAGGACGAAUGCGACUACACGCGCGAAGCUGAAAUGGGUCGACGGUUCGGCGCCAUCUUGCACGACUCUGCCGAAUUCGAGGUGCCCAAGGUCGUCGACAGCCUGUGCUCGGGUAAAGUGCUGACGACCGAGAUGAUGCGCGGGCGUCCUCUCAGCCAAGCCUCGCGCUAUCCGCAGGAGACACGCGACCGAAUCGCACACUCCAUCCUCAACCUGUCGCUAUCCGAGCUGUUCCGCUUCCGACUCAUGCAGACCGACCCGAACUGGUCCAACUUCCUCUACAACGAGCGAACCGCCAAGAUUCAACUCAUCGAUUUCGGCGCAACACGCGAGUACUCGAAAACGUUCAUGGACAAUUGGCUGUCAAUGCUGCAAGCAGCCAUCGCGGGUGACUACGACAACUGCAUCAUCUGGUCCCGAAAAGUGGGCUAUCUCACCGGCGACGAGAGCGAAGGGAUGGAGCGGGCGCAUGUGGAAUCGAUGAUUGCGCUCGGCGAGCCUUUCAGACCCGACGCACCCGAUCCGUACCCAUUCGAGCACCAGACCAUCACAGAUCGCGUCAAGGCGCAGAUCCCGCUCAUGCUGCGCGAACGGCUCACGCCGCCACCCCAGGAAACGUACAGCUUGAAUCGCAAGCUCAGCGGUGCCUUCUUGCUGUGUGCUCGGUUGAAGGCGCAUGUGAGCUGCCGAUCGUUGUUCGAAGCGAUCGAGAAGGACUAUCGCUUUGGACCCGAGGUUGCUGCGGAUCCCGUGGCGGCUAGCUCGACAAGCGGUCCCUUCAGCUCACCGGGACAGCGGCGUCACUUCCAUCUCGCUUUUCGAGCACAACGGCAGCACGGUCGCAACCUCCUCGACCGCUUCCCGCGCUCCAAACUCGUCCUGUCCGAUCCUGGUCCGGCGAGCGGCUCGCCAUCGAUCGGGGAUGCAGUCGAAUCGCUCUCUCCCGACCCUUCCUUUUCCUCCUCGAUCCAGCCGACGCCUGCGCACGCCGUCGAGUCCGACACCCAAAUCGACGUGGUUCGCGCUGCUACACCAGCCGAGGUCUCACCCCCACCAACCUCGGCCUCUGCAGAGCAGCCGAGCAUGGGCCCCACGCUCAUCCGAGGCAUCGUGAUCCCACUCAAACCCCCUCCCCCAGGUCCCGAGGAAUGCUGCAUGUCCGGCUGCGCCCACUGUGCCUACGACAUCUACGCUGAGGAUCUGGAAGAUUUUCACUCGCGUCUCUCCUCUGUUCGAACCCAACUGACGCAGCUCCACCCCCCAGUGUCGAAGGAUGAAUGGCGCACCGAUCUGCUGGGCGAUUACCCUAUCGCAGGAGGGAACGCAGAGACGGACAAGGAGCGAAAAGAGAGGGCGCAGCAAGAGGUGGACCGCGUCAUCGGCGAUCUGGAUCCCACCAUGAAGGCCUUUUUGGAGAUGGAACGCAAGCUCAAGAGGCAAGAGCGGGAUAAGGCGCAGGUUCAGACCGCCUGA